GCCACUUCUCUUCCGAACCAUCUCCUCGCUGCGUCUUAACCCGACCGACCGAAGCGCGGAAAGCCAGGAGCCGGCAGCGGGGCUGACCAGGUCAGAUAACGAGAGUGUAGGAAGUAAAGGUGUGCAUUGAGCCGGUGCGGAUCGCUACAAGUGAAACCCAAGGCGCGACACAAGGCGCGACCCAGUGACGUCCAACGUCCAAUAGCUUGCCAUGCCACCACCACUCUUGUCUAGAACGCUGGACCCCAUACUGGGUGUCUUCACAGGCGGCCUUGCCUACUACCUCUACGAGUCCCAUCCUCGCACCGCCAUGCCCGAGGAGUUGAAGCUCAAAUCCCUUCUGAGGUGGAAAUACGCGCGGUGGCAGAAGGAACGCGAACAAAAGUUGCUGGGCUCCGGGGAGGACAAUAUUGUGGACUGGCAAGCACUAGCCGCCAGCGCUGAAGCGGAGGUGGGCAAGGGUUCUCAGGAGUAACUUCGAGCUGGAGCGUAGUGGAGAGAUCGGGUAUAUUGCUUCUGCAAUGAACAGCAAUACGACCAU